AUGUAUGAUCAUCAAUUCCAAUAUUGGCCCAUUUUUCAGGAAAACGACUAAACUAAAUCAUUUUGGAAUAAAUAACCUUAAUUCAAUAUAAAUCAAUCUAUCAUUUCUUAAUUUACUAUGAAUCGAAUAACUUGGAAAUGUAGUAAGCCUACUGAAUAUCAAUUUUUAUUGAAUUAAGAAGGAUUAUUAUUUUAUUAACAUAAUAAUAAUAAACCAAAGGGUUAUGUAUUACUGAAUCUAGAUAUCAGUCUUAAAAUCAUAGACCUUAAAAUUUCUAAUAAAAAAACUGAUCUUGUAAAAGUAAUUAGAAUCAAAAGAACUAAAGACAUAUUUAUUUAUAUUUGGAAUAAUGAUUAGUAAGAUUAUUAACUAUCUCUUCUUUAGAAAAUCUACCUUUUAAUUCUUCAAGAACCUUUCUUAAUUCUCUUUUAUCUAAAAUUUGGAUUAAGUCUAUACUUUCUCUGAUGUCAUUGCUAAAGGAGGUUUUUCCAAAGUCAUUUAACUUACUCCAAAUAUUCGUUUACCAAAUUAACCACUUAAUUAUGCUGGUAAAAUAUAUUAUAGAGAAGAAUUGAUUUAAAAAAAGGAUUCAUAAAAAUUUUAUAAUUUCAUUCAUUCGGAAUGUUAUGUACUUAGGAAAUUAAAUUCACCUUAUAUUAUUAAACUAUUUGAAAUAAUUUAACUUGAUGAAAUGUUAAGUAUAUAUAAUAAUAAAUUAAAUUAUAGUUUUAGUAACAGAAUAUAUUAAAGGAGGAUCAUUAUAUUAAUACUUAAAAGAAAAAAAAAAAUUAACUGAAAUUGAAUCAACAUAAAUCUUACUUAAACUUACAAUUGCCCUUUAAGCAGUUAAUAGUAUUGGUUAUGUUCAUAGAGAUAUUAAAUUGGAAAAUGUAUUAAUUGAUAAAGAUAAUAUAAAAUUAAUUGAUUUUGGUUUUACUGAGAAAAUAUAAAGAGAUAGAUUAUAAAAUGGAUAAGGAACAGCUGGUUAUAUAGCACCAGAAGUAUUUAUGAGAUAACCAUAUUAAGAAGUUGGAGAUAUAUUUAGUUUAGGUGUAAUAUUUUAUUCUAUGUUAUGUGGAAGAGCACCAUUUAGAUCAAAUACAUAUGAUGGAUUAUUGAAAUUAAAUAAAGAAUGUUAAAUUGAUUUUUCAGAAUCUAAAUUUGUUAAUGUAAGUUAAAAAAGUAUAUAUUUGUUGAAAGCAAUGUUAUAAAAAUAACCAGAAAAUAGAAUUACAGUUUAGGAUUUAUUGGUUCAAUUAUAAGCUUAAACAUUAGUUUCCCAUUUUGGUAAUAUAGUUUCUACUUAAUCUAUUAUUGAAGGUUCUGUGGGAAUGAGUUUUAAUCAUUUAUAAUCCAAAAACACUUUAAAAUCAUUUUAUUAAUAAAGUUAACAUUCAGCAAGUGAACAUUCAAGUUAAUUAUCAGAAUAUAAAUAAAAAAAAAGAAGAUUUAAAAGUUAGAGUAUGGAUAAAAAAGGAUAUUUUCUAAAACAAUCCUCAUUCAAACCAUCACUUAAAAAUAUAUAUUAAAUGAAUAUUGAAUAAAGCAAUGAAGAUAACUUAUCCAAUGAUAAUUAAGAGUAGCCAAUACAAGAAUAAAACCUUUAUUUUUUAUAAUUUUCUUAUUAUUAAUUAAAUAGAUAAAAAUUUGUAUGA